UCCCUCUCUGUUGAAAAAGUAGGGUGGAGGGAGGAGGUGGAUGCCACAAUUGCAUCUGAAUUGCACUCCAGGAUCAGUGCUCCUGGACAUGCACUUUGUUCCUCAGGACAUGACCUUGGGACCUAGGGCCCUAGAGCUUUGUAAAUUACUCACACAAGUCCAUUAUAGCUAGGUUAGAGGAUGCUCAGGUGGAGUUUGACCUUGCACAGAUGGCUCAGACAUAGCAACGACUGAGAGUAUCUUUGUUUCUGCUCUUCAGUGUGCAGCUGCUAGAGGUGGCAAGAGAAGGGGGAGGACUCUAGAACAUUCUAAGCCCGGUUGGUCUUUCUGGUUGGAAUUCUUUAGUCUCACUACAACCCUGACAAGAGACCACGACCUUACUUUUCCAUGGCUUAAUUUCAAGCUGUAUGAUGAUGAAAUGCCACCAAAUGUGCAGAGCCAAUUUUAUUAAUGUGAAAACCACACCAUAGAGCACAUAGAGACCAGAAGUCAAUAUUUUCUGGGUGGGAUGCAAAGAGAACAUGACCUUCCAUACUUUUCUACAUCCUAAAACAGGUAUAUUCAGGGACGAGCGAACCGGGAAUUAGCAUUUACUGAACGCCCUGCGUUCUAGCCACACUGAGACACUGAAUUUCCGCUACAAGGCAGGUACUGAUCUCUAACUAAACUGCCAUUCGUGGCGCAGCGGGAGACUUGGAUGACGCAGUGUAGCGAGCAGGAGUCAGGACUGGACUCCGAAUCGGUGUCCUUUUUCACACACGGCCGUGCCGCAGAAAUUACAGACGUUCGUGGAAGUGCACGGGGGACAGUCAGCUCUCGCGGAUGGCUUAUUCCCGUGGCUGUCCACUCUGCCUCAACCCGGUGCGCGGCUGCGGGAGCAAAGCCAGCGGGUGAGCUUCUCCCUCCUCCGGGACGGGGCAGCACCAGUCUGGCCAAGGGCAUCACAGGGGCGACCACAUGCAGGGACUGAACCCGCCGCGUCACCGACAAGGUGCGGACUCCGGACGCGGCGGGUUUCAGAUGUGCUUGAAGUGCGGUUUCGGCAAGGCCCGCACGGUAAAACCGAAGCUUAACGGAGAAGCCAGGAACAAUCGUGGUCGCAGCCUCUACAAUACCGCAGACGACCCCCACAGUCAGCCCGCUGUACUAUCAGACCCGCCAGGCGCGGCAGCUCACCUCCUCCCGGUGCGAUCAGCUGUUCACGGGGCCGUGGCCCCCAGCGCUCCACUGGCCAAUGAGCGCUGCCGCCGGGUUUUCCCGCUGGGCACGACCCGCCCGCGGGCUUGAGUCACCGGGGGCGGAGCUUCCGCGGCUCGCGCGCGCGGGCGCGCGGUGGGUCACGUGGGCCGCGCGCAGUCUAUAAGGUGCGGAGACUGCGAGUGCCAUCUGGGUGAUGGCUGCCGGCGUGCGUUCCCGGUUUGUCCUCCUCGGUUGCUGAGACUCCGCUGCUUCCCGGAGGUUCCAACCCCACCUGCCGUGUGCUCGCCGCCUGGACCUCCCCGUCCCGCUCCGCCCUGGUCUUCUGUGGAUGAUCCCGCGUCCCCGCGCGUCCCCGUCAUGGCCUUCCGCGCCGCGCCGCUAGUUCCCCGGAGCCCGAGGCGUCCCGGACCACAGACACCCGCGCGCAGCGUAUAGCAGUGACCAGCCCGGUGUCUGCCGCAGUUUACAGUAUUUAAUUUUAUAUAAUAUAUAUUAUUUAUUAGAGCGUUUGUGAUACCUCAUACUCAUUCUGUUUACACGCCUGAAAGCCACGCAGUAGUUGUUAGGUAAGGCCGCUGCUCUGAGGAUGGCGACCACCGCGACCACGCUGGUGGCCAGCACCGUGGCCGCUGGCCCGCUGGUGGACUACCUGUGGAUGCUGAUCCUGGGCUUCAUCAUCGCCUUCGUGCUGGCCUUCUCCGUGGGCGCCAAUGACGUAGCGAAUUCGUUCGGCACCGCUGUGGGUUCUGGGGUGGUGACCCUGAAGCAGGCCUGCAUCCUGGCUAGCAUCUUUGAGACCGUAGGCUCUGUCCUGCUGGGAGCCAAAGUGAGUGAGACCAUCAGGAAGGGCCUGAUCGACGUAGCCAUGUACAAAUCACGCCAGAAGCUGCUGAUGGCCGGAUCAGUCAGUGCCAUGUUCGGUUCUGCUGUGUGGCAACUAGUGGCAUCGUUUUUGAAGCUUCCCAUUUCUGGGACCCAUUGUAUUGUUGGUGCGACCAUUGGUUUCUCUCUUGUGGCAAAAGGUCAGGAUGGUGUCAAGUGGUCUGAGCUGGUAAAAAUUGUGUUGUCUUGGUUUGUUUCUCCGCUGCUUUCUGGUAUCAUGUCUGGAAUUUUAUUCUUCCUUGUUCGGGCAUUCAUCCUCCGUAAGGCAGAUCCAGUUCCUAAUGGUUUGCGAGCUUUGCCAGUUUUCUAUGCUUGCACGAUUGGAAUAAACCUGUUUUCCAUCAUGUAUACUGGAGCACCUUUGCUGGGCUUUGACAAACUGCCUCUGUGGGGCACCAUCCUCAUCUCGGUGGGAUGUGCAGUUCUGUGUGCUCUUAUCGUCUGGUUCUUUGUCUGUCCCAGGAUGAAGAGGAAAAUCGAACGAGAAAUAAAGUCUAGUCCUUCAGAAAGUCCCUUAAUGGAAAAAAAAAAUAGCUUGAAAGAAGAGCAUGAAGAGGCAAAGUUGUCUCUCAGUGACGUUGAAAGCAGGAGUCCCAGCUCCGAGACAGGGCCUGCCACCGUGCCCCUACGGGCUGUGGUGGAGGAGAGGACUGUCUCCUUCAAGCUGGGAGACUUGGAGGAAGCGCCGGAGCGAGAGCGACUUCCCAGUGUGGACCUGAAAGAGGAAACCAGCCUGGACGGGGCCAUGAACGGUGCAGUGCAGCUGCCGAAUGGGAACCUCGUUCAGUUCAGCCAGGCCGUCAGUAACCACAUCAACUCCAGUGGCCACUACCAGUACCACACGGUGCACAAGGACUCCGGCUUGUACAAGGAGCUGCUGCACAAGCUGCAUCUCGCCAAGGUGGGCGACUGCAUGGGAGACUCUGGUGACAGACCCUUGAGGCGCAACAACAGCUACACUUCCUAUACUAUGGCGAUCUGUGGCAUGCCUCUGGAUUCAUUCCGUGCCAAAGAAGGGGAGCAGAAGGGCGAGGAGAUGGAGAAGCUGACGUGGCCGAACACGGACAGCAAGAAGCGAAUUCGAAUGGACAGUUACACCAGCUACUGCAAUGCAGUGUCAGACAUCCACUCGGCCUCUGAGAUGGACGUGAGCAGCAAGGUGGAGAUGGGCCUGGGCGACAGGAAAGGGAGCGGCAGCUCUCUGGAAGAAUGGAACGACCAGGACAAACCAGAAGUGUCUCUCCUCUUCCAGUUCCUGCAAAUCCUCACGGCCUGCUUCGGUUCGUUUGCCCACGGUGGCAAUGAUGUCAGCAACGCCAUUGGCCCUCUGGUUGCUCUGUAUCUGGUUUAUAACACAGGAGAUGUGCGUUCCAAAGAAGCAUCUCCGAUAUGGCUGCUGCUGUAUGGUGGCGUUGGGAUCUGUAUCGGUCUGUGGGUCUGGGGGAGGAGAGUCAUCCAGACCAUGGGCAAGGACCUGACGCCGAUCACACCCUCUAGCGGCUUCAGUAUUGAGCUGGCAUCUGCCCUCACUGUGGUGAUCGCAUCCAACGUCGGCCUUCCCAUCAGCACCACACACUGUAAAGUGGGCUCUGUUGUGUCAGUUGGCUGGCUCCGAUCCAAAAAGGCUGUCGACUGGCGACUUUUUCGCAACAUUUUCAUGGCCUGGUUUGUCACAGUCCCCAUUUCCGGCCUAAUCAGCGCUGCUAUCAUGGCGGUCUUCAAAUACGUCAUCCUCUGACCCUGACCAGCGGCUCAGUGGGGCGUUGUCCUGCAAAGUGACAAGUUGCCAGUUCGUUUCCUGGUCAGGGCACGUCCCUAGGUUGCAGGUUCCGUCCCUGCUCAGGGCACGUGUGAAAGGCAACCGAUCAAUGUUUCUCUCCCUCUCUCUCCCUCCCUGCCUCUCUCAAAAAAUAAAUUAAAAAAAAUGUUAUCCUCUGAGCGGGAAGCCAUUUGAGAUGAGAAACGUGCCAUUGUUGGGCCACCUUAGCAUUCCUGCUUCUCUGAAUGACUGCAGUGUUACAGAAGACCCAGGACAAUCUUCAGAAUUUGGGAGCUGUGAGAAGUGUUACUUGUGCUACAGUUGCUUUUGUGCUAAAUAUGACUUGUCUCAAAAUUAGCUAUUUAAAUAGCCAGGUCUCCACUGGUUUCUAUUGGCUGUGACUUCCUGUACAUAUUUAUCUACUUUUUGUACCCAGCUGCAAUUCCAUUAUGUUUUAAUGAAGAUAACUUGUGAUUUUUUUUAAUGCCAUUCAGAGCCAUUUGACAAUGUGCUCUGCUUGGCAGUGUCACCAGCUUCUGCCCAAACAUGCACAGGGACUUAACAACAAAAAUGUACCUGAAGCUUCCCUUGUAGCCUCUUAGACAAAUAGUCCCUUGCACGCUGCCCUCCUGUCGGCAGUGGUAGGUCCUGCUGGUGUCUGUGGGAACUUGUGGAGGGACGAAGUUCUUGGGCACAGUGAGACUUUAAAUUAGUAACUCUUUGCAACCAAUUUAUUGACUUGUUGCCACGAGGAGGUAGGAAUAAAAGCCUCUGGCAGUCGUGGUUGUUUCUUUAGGAUUUCCGGCAGUGUGGGAUGGAUGAAUGAAUGGAGUGUGAACUUUGGGCAAGUUAGAUGGGACAGCCUUUCAUGUUCAUCUGUCUACCUCUUAACUGAAUAAAAAAGCCUACAGUUUUUAGAAAA